AUGGACAAGCCCAUCCCCGCCUUCUACUGCUGCUAUUUGCUGCGCUCCACCGUCCGCCCUAGCAGACUCUACGUCGGCUCCACCAACCAUCCCGUGCGCCGCCUGAAGCAGCACAACGGCCAGACCAUCGGGGGCGCCGCCCGCACCAAACGCAAUGACCUGCGUCCGUGGGAGAUGACAUGCCUGGUCACCGGCUUCCCCUCGCGUCUCGCCGCGCUGCAAUUUGAAUGGGCCUGGCAAAACACACACACAACCCACCACAUCCCUGCUCCCGACCGCAUCACCACCCUCACCACCAAAUCUCGCUACAACAGACGUACCGGCCGGCACUACAGCCGCCCCGUCCGCCCUAGGCCUACGCUCCCCAACAAGCUCGCAAACUUGCAUCUGCUGCUGCGAGUGCCUAGCUUUGCCCGCUGGCCCUUGCAUCUCCGCUUUUUCGCCGCAGAUGUGCAUGCCGCAUGGCGCGCCCGUGUCGCGGCCACGCCGUUCCCACUCCGCCGAGGUGUCCGGGUAGUGCUAGAAACGCCCGAGCUGCCGCCUGCGCUGAGGCGACCAGACGUCGCUCCGGAGGAGGUAGAAGAGGCGGCGAAGCCAAAGCCGAAGGGGAAGGCGGCGUCGAAGUCAAAGUCCAAGGCCCCAGAUGACGCAGCAGCAAACGCCUCUGAACUCCUCACCGGUCCCGGCCUCCCCGCCAUUCCUGUUACCUACGCGCCCCUAAAACCUCAUCUCACCAAAUCGCUCGCGCUCCUCUCUGCUCCUUGCACUUGCGUUGUUUGUUCCUCUUCUCUGAACACCACAGACGAACUCGCCGUCGUGUGCCCGACGCCUGACUGCAGCAUGGCAGCGCACCCAACCUGCCUCGCCCGCGUUUUCCUCGCCGGAGAAGGCAGUGCCGGCGCUGACGCCCUCGUCCCGCUAGAGGGCCACUGUCCAACUUGCGCCGAGCGCGUGGCGUGGUCGGACCUGAUGCGUGAUUUGAGUCUGCGCUUGCGGGGCGAGAAGGAGGUCGCGGUGCUCUUUAAGCCGAAGAGGAGGAAGAAGGGCGAGGAGGCCGUGGAGGAGGACGAAGAUGAAGAGCCGCCGGAUGAGGACGAGCCGUUGCCUGAGAACGGGGACGAGAGCGAGAAUGCAGAGAUGUCGGAGGAGGGUAGCGAUGACGGGUUCACCCCGAUCGAGGAGCUCGAGGACCCUGCUCCGCCGGCUCCGCGACGCGGGCGUCCCAAGAAGACUCCUGCGUCGCCUGCUGCCAAGAAGACAGCGAAGAAACCGGCGGCGAAUAAGCCGACUGCUGCGAAGAAAGCGGCUGCGGAGAAGCCUGCUAAGCAGCCUAAGGCUAAGAUACCCUCCCCGCGCCUAAAGCGCAAGAAGGAUGUCAUAUCCGACAGCGACUGGGACGAUGCCGAGAUCGUGGAGUAGGGCUGUGCAGGUCGGGACAGUGGUGUAUGAUUAGAAAAAUAGGCAUUGGCCGUUACAAAGCCAGAUAGACGGAUGAAAUGAUGACACGGCCU